AUGGCCGAGUUUGCCAUCAACAACGCGGUGCAUGCCUCGACCGGGCAUACACCGUUCUACGUGAACGCCAUGCGGCAUCCACGCCUUCCGAGCACACUCGGGGCGGUGGCUUCCUCCUUAAGUGGGGGAGGAUCUACGGUUGCGUCCGAACAACCGCAGAAGACAGCUGAUACGGACCUAUCAGUUGCGAUGACACGUGCGAGAGCGAGAGCCCGCACACGACAGGGCGACGUGUCAGUGCCGGGCACUGACACUGUGAUGAACCACGAGCAGGCGACACCUGAUGCGACCAAGAACAAUGUGUCUGUGCGGGGCACAUACACCGAGAAGACUCACGCACAGGUUGGGCCUGAAGCGAACACACCCGAAGUGUCUGUGCUGGGCACUGACAUCCUAAAGAGCCACGCACAGUCAGAGACUGAUGCGACUACAAGUGGCGAGUCUGUGCAGGGCACAAGACCAACGAGCUGGACCCGGGGUUCAGCUCUCAAGCAAUGA